UCUGUGUGGUACCCGCUUUUCCGUGCCAUCACCAUCCGCAGUGUUAUACUUCCCCUUCCAGAGAAUGUGAAAGAAUAUUUGCUGGACGAUGGAACACUUGUGGUUUCUGGAAGAGAAGAUCCACCAAGUCAUGCUCAGGAGGGGAGUGACGAUGCAGAGGAAAUACAGUGGUCGGAUGAUGAGAAUACUACAACACUUAAGGCACCAGAAUUUCCUGAGUUUACAGCUAAAGUUCAAGAAGCAAUAAGCUCCUUGGGUGGUAGUGUUUUUCCUAAACUUAACUGGAGUGCUCCAAGGGAUGCCUACUGGAUAGCAAUGAACAGCUCUCUGAAAUGUAAAGCUCUCAGUGACAUCUUCCUCCUUUUCAAGAGUUCAGACUUCAUUACUCGUGACCUCACUCAACCAUUUAUUCACUGUACUGAUGAUUCCCCAGAUCCUUCCUUGGACUACGAGCUUGUUCUUCGCAAAUGGUGUGAACUAAUCCCUGGUGCAGAAUUCAGAUGCUUUGUCAAGGAGAACAAGCUUAUAGGUGUAUCACAGAGGGACUACACUCAAUACUAUGAUCAUAUCUCCAAGCAACAUGAGGAGAUCUGUAGAUCAAUACAAGAGUUUUUCAGGAAACACAUACAGUAUAAAUUCUUGGAUGAAGACUUCGUUUUCGAUGUGUACAGAGACAGCAGGGGUAAGAUUUGGUUAAUAGAUUUCAACCCGUUUGGUGAAGUAACAGACUCCCUCCUGUUUACCUGGGAAGAACUGACCUCAGGGAGAAACUUGAAAGGAGACCAGGGUGAAGGGGAAGCAAUAGAACAGGACUAUCCAGUUUUCCGUUGUACGAACAGUAAAGUUACUGUCCAGCCUAGUCCAUACCUGAGUUACCGACUGCCGAAAGAUUUUGUGGACCUUUCUACAGGAGAGGAUGUUCACAAAUUAAUUGAUUUUCUUAAACUGAAAAGAAAUCAGCAAGAUGAUGACUGA